GCUUUCCGCCAUGUGUUUUCAUUUAUUUUUCUUUAUUCCGCUCGUGGAAAUGUUCACAGUUUCUUAUCAUAAAAGAAAACUAUUCACAUUUUUUUCACAUUCCAUGUUUGGGAGGGAACCAUGGACUGUAAAUAUUAGGGAAGGAAGGAACUGGGGGGAGAAAAUCUUAUUGUUUCUGCCCCUUACUCAAAACACAAGUGACCAAUAGAAAAGCAGUGCUGUAGGCAGCCUGUCAAAUUAUGAAUACUGAGAAAACCACUUUUACAGUAACUUAAAAAAUAUAUAUAAAUGAAAUGUCCUGCCAUGUUCCUCAUCCUCAUGGCAGGUAAAAAAAAAAACCUUUUUCUCCUAAUACUGCUUUUUGCCCUCUAUAUAACGUUGAGUUGUGAAAAAUAACAGUGGCAUCACAACAAAUAAUUAGCUAUUCUAGAUCACUUAAGAGUAACAAAUUGUUCUUGAUACAUUACCACAAAGUAGUGCAGCCCCGCCUCACCAAAGAAGACAUUGUAACUGGAUCUUUUUAUUUUUAUUUUAGUAAAAAUCCCUACAUUAUUAAUGCUUUCCUGCAGCAGAUUCGACAGCGGCUCUGCCCACAGAGCGUUUAAAAAAAGCACACGUAUGCUCGUCAUUUUAAUUAUAGAUGCGUACAGUAAGUGAUAGGUCGGGGUCAAAGGGGCAUUCUUCACUCUGUUUUGUUUUCAUAAUUUCAGCAUGGAGAUCAGACUUUGUGUGUGUGUCUCCUCGGGGUACAUUCAGGGAAGAUUUAAAUGGGACAGUGUCUGUGGUUUGCUGAUAAAAGCAGAGAACACCUACUUGUGUCCCUCCUUGCUCCCACUAUCAUACGUACUGCUCUUAAAGAGGUAUUCAGUCGUUUAUCAGAGCAGACCAGUCAUGUGUCUCGCUAUGGAAGUUGAAUAUAUAAAAACUAGGCAAGUGAAAAGUGGAAUAAUUUAUAAAAUAUGCUUUAAUGGGGAAUAAAUUAUCACGGCUGCAUGGUGACAUGAGGACAGACAUAAAGUGGACUCUAAUUCUACCAAAAAAGGACACCACUUUUUGAACAUUUUCAACUAUGUUCUCAUUUGGAAAACAAGCUUAAUAUCUGCAACAUGCGCCCGAGACGUACCACACGGCGCCUGCAGUGGAAACUCGAGCAUUGACUAGAGAGGGAACGCUAUGCUAUGGAGUGCGCGGCGCACACGGAUCCUGUGGAAACUGCCAGUAAUGUUUAAUGCCUGUAUCUUCUGCCAAGGGGGGAGAGGUCAGAUGAGACAAUCUACAGCAAGACAAAGAGACAGCUUUUGUUUCACAUUUUCCACAGCUAAUAUAUUUAAAAUAAGCGAUACAUUUGACUGUAAAAAGGUAGCUUGAAAAUAUAUUUCAUCAAACACCCCCUGAGUUUGUACAGGACAACAUCAGAAAAUAGAUAAUACCUACCCCUGUCUACAGGGGGAGCCAAAAUCAAUCAAUCAAUCAAUCAAUCAAUCAAUCAAUCAAUCAAUCAAUCAAUCAAUCAAUCAAUCAAUCAAUCAAUUUUAUUUGUAUAGCGUCAACUCAUAACAAGUGUUCUCUCAAGACACUUUACAAAAAACAGGUAAAAGACCUUACUCUUUGUCUUUUAACAUUACAAAAGAGCAGGUAAAAAGACCAUACUCAUUGUUAUGUUACAAAGACCCGGCAAAUCGACACAUUACAAAACAUCCCCCCCUCCACUGGGGCUUUAAAUCUCCUUUUAGAAACUUUCAGUUUGUGUCUGUUUUUGUUUUUUGUAGACAAAAAAGGUGCAACUUAUCUCUUUGCAGAUUUUUUCCCAUAAGAAGAAAAAUUCCAAAAUUCAGUUGAAGAUGGAGAAGAGGAUAAAAACCAAAAAACUUGGAACUAUUUUCUUAUUCACCCAAUCUUCUCGUCUGGGACAUAAAUUUAUUUGAGUGGUCGUGGGCACCGUGUGCAAAGGCUUCAUUGAGGCCAUCGUGGGUUUGAGUCAGACCUUGUUCAUUUGUCUGUUUCCUCAAAAUAAAUUAUGACUCAUGGCCUAUCUUGGUAUAAAAAAUCAACUUGUGAAAAUAACUUGUACUUUUAUUUUUUUAUUCAAUCUCCUUAGUGUGUGCAAGAAGAAAUCAUCCUGAGUUAUUGAUUGGAGCAGCUUAUCCACGUGUUCAGAAUUUCAUUGGCAACAAGAAACGUCACUCAUUGGCACUGUCAUGUGAAAUUGGUGGAGGUAUAGAUAUAUCAGGACAGAGGCAGGCACCUCCUUUCAACUCAGGCUCUUAUUGGCUCUUAUAGGAACAGUGAAUGAAAGGUUGUAAUUCACUCAAUCAAAAGGUCAGAGUACAGCCGUCAUUUUUAAGUAUCGCAGUGGGAAAAAAAUCCUACAAUAAAAUGAAUUAUUACAGAAAUGGAUGUAAUGUGUUUCUAGAUCUGUCACUGGAUUUGGGUCGUGGGCGCCCUUAGUGAUGCAGCAGGACUGUUUCUGUUGGACUUUUUAUGAUCAGGAGAGUACAGUACAUCUUCAAAUGGUAAAAAGUUAGUAGUCCUUUGACACUGGUCUGAGUUGGGUAGAUUGAGGCUGCUGUGGUGGUUAAAUCUGCACAAACACUGAUGGGCAGCGGGUCGACUGACAGUGUGUGUGUGUGUGUGUGUGUGUGUGUGUGUGUGUGUGUGUGUGUGUGUGUGUGUGUGUGUGUGUGUGUGUGUGUGUGUGUGUGUGUGUGUGUGUGUGUGUGUGUGUGUGUGUGUCCUAUACUGUAAAUGGUCAUGUGUAAUAUGGUUAUAAGGUCAUCAUAAUGCAGACUUAACCAGUGAGAAAUAGGAUGGAUCAAGUCCUACCGUAGAGCAAAUUAAAAAAAAAAAAAAAAGAACAAGAUGAUCAGUCGACGAUCGGCAGAAUCUGACCAAUCAGAGGUUUGACUAUGUAUAACGCCACUAAUAUUGACGGGGAGGUUAAAACAGGGUCCCGCGUGCAGUACAGCUUAUUACUGUGGAUGUCUGCCUCUUCCCCUCAUUGUGGACAAGCUGAGGCAGGGUCAGCCCAGUGGGACGGAGCCAUGGAGCCGCCGGAGGACAUGGAGGGCCGAACCUUUGUGGAGGUGAUGAGUGAAAAGUACAGCCCAGAGAACUUCCCGUGCCGCAGGGGGCCCGGUAUGGGCGUGGUGGUGGUGCCCACCGCAGGUCCUCAAGGAUCCCCCAUGAAAGACCGCCUGAACCUGCCCAGUGUGCUGGUGUUGAACAGCUGUGGGAUCAGCAGGGCCGGGGAGCGGGCGGAAAUCGUCGCCUUCUGUGCCCACGUCAUCGAGCUGGACCUGUCGCACAACAAACUGCAGGACUGGCAUGAGAUCGGUAAAAUUGUCUCCAACAUCCCCAACCUGGAUUUUCUGAACCUGAGCUCCAACCCCCUGGCGGGAAUGGCCCUUGAUCCACGGUGUGCCGAAGCCUUUUCUCGGGUCCGACGCCUCGUCCUCAACAACACUCAGGUGUCCUGGGACACUGUGCUGCUGCUCGCCAGGGAGAUACCCGAGUUGGAGGAGUUGUUUCUGUGCCUUAACGAGUACAGCAGUGUAAGUGUCUCAAGCGUGGUUUGCCCCACCCUGCGCCUGCUACACAUCACCGACAACAGCCUGAAGGACUGGACCGAAGUCCGCAAGUUUGGCCCCAUGUUCCCCAGCCUGGAAACUCUGAUCAUGGCCAACAACCACCUGACCUCCAUUCAGGACAACAAGGACAUACUGCAACGACUCUUUCCCAAACUACGCAGCAUGAACCUGAAUAACUCAGGUCUCAGCCAAUGGGAUGACAUCGAGAAGCUGAACUUCUUUCCAAGACUGGAGGAGGUUCGGCUGCAGGGCAUUCCCUUACUGCAGACUUACACCAACGUAGAGCGACGGAGCCUCAUGAUAGCACAGCUCCCUGCAAUAUCUUUGCUAAACGGCAGUGUUGUGACUGAUAAUGAGAGGGAAGACGCAGAGAGAUUCUUCAUCCGUUACUACUUAGACUACCCUGAGGAGGAGCUCCCCGACAGGUACCACUCUCUGGUGACUAAGUACGGGAAACUGGAACCACUCGCCGAGAUUGACCUCAGACCUCGCUGCCGUGCCCAGGUGGAGGUUCACUGUGAGGAAAAAGUGCAAGAGCUGAACAUCCGCCUGGACCAGACAGUAGCUGAGCUGAAGAAGCAACUGACGACCGUCGUGCAGCUUUCCACCAACAGCAUGAGGCUCUAUUACAUCGACAAGUUCAGCGCCUUCGGCCCUGAGGAGAUGAGAUACAACACGCGCGCUCUCCACUCCUACAGCAUCCAGGACGGAGAUGAAAUACUGGUGGUGCCCAAGACCAAGUAAACCACUGGAAUCAAAGUGUCUGAGAGGAGGGACUCACUGAUUGAUCGAUUUGUUGGAUUAGUUGUUGAUUGGUUACCUGAAAAUCACAAAAUCACUGGAAAAAGUAUAAAUGAUCAGCGGCCGAUGUGUAAGAGCUUAAAGAAGAAGUUGAUGUGUAAAACAUCAGAAGACUCCACAGAGGGCUACAGUGAGCUGCUAGGAGGGCCUGACUGGAAACGCAGCCAGUCUGGAGAGAAUUUGUCUUUAUUUAUUUGAGCUUUAUUUAAGAGGAAUCCAUUGGAGUCGAUCUGUCAGAUAGGAGAAGAGGCCGAGAGAGCAUCCUUGAAUCUACUAGAAGUUUAACUGGAGCGAGGGGGAGGGCCCUGCUGUAUCAACCAAGCAGCUCUGUCGCUAAGUACAAAACAUUUACCACCGGCUUGCCCACUCGUCGCAAAAAGCUACCCGCUGCACUCAUCUCCACCUCUAAAGUGGGCACGAUAUCAGGAAGAGCAGUUUUUGUUGAAGGGAAAAUAUUUCCUAAAAACAGUAACGAUGAAAGGCGGCGAUGAAACUUUGUUUUUUUUGGUUAGUUCUGUUGUUCAAAGGUUUUUUUCUUUUUCUUCUUUUUUUCAAACUUCUGGGAAUUAUUACAAUGGUUAGAAGAAGCUACAUCACACAGACAUCGUUUAGAUAAAUACAUAGAGUCAUAAUAUUAGCUAUCUCUCCAACAGCCAAUAAGGACACUUAGGAGGGAUUUCACUAAGAUAUGAUCGAGAUUAGAUUGUAGCCCCUAAUAGCUCAAAAAGUAGUGAUUCAUUUUGCUCCCACUAUCUGCUCCAUUACUAUGUUUAAUUCACAGAGCAUAUAUAUAAUUUAGGGCUGGGCACGUUAACGCAUUAUUUUCGCAUUAACUCAUUAAUUAAUUUAAUAAAUUAAUAAUAAUAACGAGAGCUCCGCCUCCGAGUCACUCUCUUCCUCUCAGCACGUUCAGUGAACGAAACACUGACUGAACGUGAACGAGCGAGACUGCGAGUCACCAGCCUCAGUCACACACACACACACACACACACACACACACACACACACACACACUGUACUGACUGAGGAGAGGAUGGCGGGCUUUGAGUGACUCUUACGGUCUAGAGAGAGAGACACGAGACGGGAGAGAGGAGAGCGCAACUGAAGUUGAGAAAUGAACGACUCUUUUCAGUAAGUGAUUCAGUUCAGUUCGUUCACCCAAAUGAUUCGUUCAUUUUGAACGAAUCGUUCACGAACUACACAUCACUAGCGCUCACAGGAAAGAGGAAACAGUGUUGCCAACUUGGCUACUUUCUCGCUAAAUCUGGUGACUUUCCAAACCCCCUUGGCGACUUUUUUUGUCAACAGCUACUAGCGACAAAUCUAGCGACUUUUUCUGGUGUUAUUGGAGACUUUUUUGGUGUAAGAAACUGACGUGAAAGCACGUAUUGCUCUGCAGUUACUGUCCUCAACGAGCAGCGGGUGCUGCCGUGAGCCCCUCCCCCUUCCAAAAGCACUCACAGGCUGUCAGUCAGAGAGCAGAGAGGAGACCCACACCACUCUGCGUCCAGACUGCAACAAAUGCAAUAAGCUUUAGUUUUGUAUUUAUUUGCUUUGAUUACAUUGUUUAAGUUGAGAAGUACAUUUACAAUAAAAGUGCGCUAUACACUACUUUUUAAUUCAUUAUUGGAUUUUGCGUAUAACAAUGCGAUUAAUCGCGAUUAAUCACAGGAACUCAUGCGAUUAACGCGAUUAAAACCUUUAAUCGUUGCCCAGCCCUAAUAUAAUUAUAUCCUGGCACAAACACACCCAAAAAGUUGUUCUUCUCUGAGAAAGUUUGCUCAUGUUUUGUGUGUGAAUGUGGAGACAAGAGAUCUGCACCUUUACUCUGCUCAGAGCUGCACUCUCAUGCUGACGGAGUUCAGUUCUGUCCACAUAAAGAUGAUGAGCUAGGAGUCAAGGGGAAACUUUUUCAACUUAAUUCUGAGGCCAGACUCUUAAAAUGUGAUUUGAGUUUCACCGUUUAAAACAAAGCUUCCUCUCAGUUUUACACCCUCGUCAUGGUAACAGCUGCAGACCGUCUCCACACAUGUGGAUGAAGUGUGGAGCCGCACACAGCCCUUGACUGAUUGGACCCCUGGUUAUAUUAAUAAAAGUAAAUAUCAAAGUCAUUUUGACGGACUUAAUUUACAGAUCAGUUAUUUUAAGUCAUACAGAGAAGAAAUUGUUUUCAUGAUCACUGGAAGGUUUGAGCGUGACAUCUCUUUUAAAUACUGCGGCGCAGUUUCCACCAUCUCUCAACAGACAGUCAUUUAUUAUACUCUGUGUGUGGCUGUUGCCGGUGUUUGUGAAUUAGACGCUUUUUGCACUAAAGGCUGAUUUGCAAAGAAAGGGGCAAUUUUUCAUCAAAUGAUUGCAUAAUGGUUAAUUAAAUGUGUGCAAACCCCACAGACACACAGAGACGCUGUUUUGCUCUGCAGCCCAGUUCAGUGUGCAUUUACCCCUUUGUGUGGGUUUUUUGUGAAUUAGUGUCAUUUUUCUUGUGUAAUUUGCACGGGUUUAGUGAGUGCAAAGAGCUUCACAAUCCUAAUGUAAAUCAGACCCUAGGAGUGAAAUUUCUCAUAGAAAACACAAAGGUCCCGCCAGAAGACUAUCACAAAUACUCAGCUUUAAAUUACUACUUGUGUUUAUUAAGUGUUUUUUUUUUCUUUUAAAUGUACAAAUGCAUUUACACCUCCUCCGGCCUCACAUCAAGAACCUUUAAAGAUGUUGUUUUCGUAGUUAUAGUAAGUACGUUUGCCUCACAAAGACGUUCACUUGAAUUGCAGUUUUUAAAGUUCCCACAUAAAACUUGUGUCAUCUUAAACAAAAGGUGAGUUAAUGUCACCAGCUAAACAGGAGGGAGAGCUGUUUAUAUAUUCUAAGCAGGAGAUCAAGCAUUUCUAUCUUUUUUCAGACCAAAAACAAAGUGAUUUUUUGCCUCCUUUAAGUCACAUAGUUUGACCAUGAGAUCCUUUAUAAUUAUUUAUGUUAGCCAAUAACAACCUGCACAUUUAUGAACUUUCAGAUAUGUCUGAAAACCAAAGAAUGUACCGUCUGGGUUCAUAACGUUAGCCAGAGGUUCCACACAGCAUAGUUACUUUGAGCAUUGUUCAUAGACUGUAUCUGGCCCCUUCUUUAUUGCUGCUUUUUUAGCCUAGUUUUACGACUGGUCAGGAGGAAAGGCCCGGCACGGUUGAAUCUCUAUUUACAAAUUCUACCAAAAGAUGUAGAAGGUACAGGAUGCCUAAUUGGUAAUCUUCCUAUUAUUACCUUCAGAAAACCGAAAACAAUCUGGAUGUCAAAAGUCAGACUAUUUUUCAGCUAACUCUAGUGUGAUUAGCAAAGUGCAUCAAUGUUGAAUGUUGACUGUGAUAUUAUUUUGUAUGCUGGUUUAGACAAGCGAAGGACAGGUUUGAAAAAAAUAAUUACAGAGAAAAUGAAAAGCUCACAUCUUAAAGUGUCUUUCAGUCCGACAGUAAGCUGAAGAAGACAUUUUUUGUGUAGUGGUAGCAUUUUGUCCAUCACAAGGAAGCCAUGCCCUGAAGCAUCCGCUGCUUUAUUUUAUGUUUAACUCUCAAUGAGAUCAUAACUGACCAAAUUAAAUAUCACUAUACUUCAGAAGACGGUAAAGUAGUGAUUGAAAACAUAAAUUCAUAAGAAAAUGAGGUUACACAUAAGCUGAGAAAGACUUACAUACAGACUUGUUUUUUCAACUAGUUAAUUUGCCCCCUGCUGGCCAUAUACUGUGCACUUUCAGGCACAUUCUGACUCGUUUUUUAAGUUGCACAACUCAUUUGUAAAUUUUUUUACCCGUGCAGUGUGCAAGGAGACACACGUGACCAUCACUGCCUGCUUCCGACUUUUUUGGUCAUAUAACUGCACACACUCGCACAGUGAGAGCAGAGCCACAAGAACAUUCCCUGACUUUUUUCAGAUUGGGCCUGCUGCAAACUGUCAGACAGCUUCUAAAAGCACCAUGGCAACAGCAGACAUGGCUGUUGGAUGUAUCUUCCCCAAGCAGAAACCUCUGUUGAAAAAUGAAGCCGAUACGGAUGUGCAAACACCUGCAGUUUCUUGAGUGUCCACUCGGGGGAAUUGCACAAACCCUGAAAGUCACACACACACCCAUUCGUUUUGAUGAUCUUAAAGCUGACAGGCAGGCGUGAUGUAACUGUUUGCCAACUCCUGCACUGAAAAAAUUAGCUACAAUGUUGACCAGAUAGUUCAGCGAGAGCAUUUAUGACGAUGAUUGUGUUUGAGCCGUGCAUAUUUAAUAACUGUAAUUAACGUAGAUCUGACUUUUCCAUCUGUGGGCGUUAUCAAAAUAAUUUUCAAUGAUCCGUCCUAAUUUCAACCAAUCAGACAUUUUUUUUUCUAUAAUGCCAAUUCAUAACAAAUGUUAUCUCUAAACAGAGCAGGUCUUCUCUUUGUUAUAUUAUUAGCAAAGGCCCAACAUGAAUCCAUUAAUCAUGAGACCUUGGAAACAUUUAGAGAAGUGAGCCAGACUCAUGUUAAACCGUUAUCUGUUUCACCUGUGUUAGGCUUGGAAACUGUUACAGUGUGUGAGCAUGUAUUUCCUGAGCCAUGGUACAGUAGUGGGUCAAUGAUUGACUUAUACAGAGUGAGAUGACAUUCCAGCAUCAUGUUAGUAAAUGUAUUCAGCCUCUACAGUAUUCUUUCUGGGGAAGGGUUUUGUCAAAAAAAGAAGUGAAACACACACAAACACCCACAAAAUAUGGCAACCACGAGACAGGCUCAUAGUGAGCAUUAAAGUAUAAAGGAGUGACUUCCUCUAUUUCCUGUCUGCCUUAUCAGACAUUUUAAAUACUUUUUGACAUGAAGGGAGCGUGAUAAAAAACUACAAUUUUGUUAAACAAUAUAGUUUAUGAUCAUUCGUUCGCCAACUUAAAAUGUAUUUUGUAGUCUAUCGAAUGUCCUGUGUUGCAUACACAAUGCUGUUCCAUCUUAUUGUUUUUGUUCAUUAUAUGUUUUAAAUAAUUUAUUGCUUCAUGUGUACGUCUUCAAUGUCUUAUAAAUGCACUUCUUUUUUCGACUUUUUAACCUGUCGUUACUAUAAUCUACCACUGUUUAGGACACUACUGCUAUACUUGAAUAUUAGAAGGUCUGACAUAAAAAGACUUAGUGAAGGUGUAGCAACGACACACAGCAGGGUAGAUGAAGCUAAAUAAAUGUUAGCGUAGCAUGAACCGCAGCCAUAGCCAGCAGCAGUGCAGUGCUCGCACCAACUCUCAAAGUUAUUAUUGUUUGUGUUUGUGCUGAUCAUUGUCAAGUGAGGACAUGUCUUUAUUUAUUUAUUAUAUAUUUAUUUAUUUAUUUAUUAUAUAUAUAUAUUAAUUGUAUUCAUGUUUUUAAUUUCUUUUAUGUUGGCUCCGACAGUGAUCGCGACGCAUGCUUGGAGUUAUAAGUGAUAAUAAACUCCACAGAGCUUUGUUAUAAAUGAAACCCAGGAAAAUCUUUGAAAGUUUCAGGGCAUUGAUGAUUAUAUUGUUAACUUGUUGUAUUCACAUCAAGGGGCAACCUUGGUGAAAACUCCUUGAAUGUGAUUUUUUUUUUUAAAUAACUAAUCUGUUUUGAUGAUUUUGAGGGUCAGGUGGACGUGAUGUAGCUGUUUGUUAGCCAAGGAACACUUUAACUCCACCUUUGUCUAUUCAUAGAUGGUGGAAAGUUAGGUUGUGACAGAAUGUCCACUAUGGCAGACGCAGUCGUUUCGCUUCAUAACGCCUCUUCAGAAACCAAUGAUUGACAUCACUACGUCCAUGUUGUUAAAAUGUUUUUCAUUAUCUUAUUUACUAUAUCUUAUGCUUACUUUCAAAUAGCCUGACAUAUUGGCCAUGGCGUUUUACAGCCUUUAGAGCUCCUGAGAGAUUGUUUUUAAGAUUCAUGAAUCCACUUCUUUUUACAUGAAGUGGUGAGUUUUAGAGAUGACAUUUUCUUUUUCUUUUUUCCAUUGAGCCAGACUGUCUGUUUCUCCUUUUUCAAGUGUUUGUGCCAAGCUAGUAGGCUGCUAGCUACUUGAUUGCAUACCUAAUUUCGAGUGUUAUCAACCUUUUCAUCCAACUCUGGUUUGGAAACAGGCGUCUUUGUUCCAGUGACUGAAGGAGAUCUUUACUCGGGGUGUCAAAAAAGCCUCCUGAGGGUUGAUUUUUCUUUUAAAGUCACAAACAAUUACCUCCUUCUUUUUUCCUCAAAACCAGUGCAGUCUUGUGAUAAUAUACAGUAUAAGAAGUAAUUGAGCAAAUAAGGAGUUGAAAAUGGUAUAAUUUAUGAACUAAUAUGACUUAUAUUUUCUAAUCUAUAAGACCUGAAACUAAAAGGAAACACUCUUCUGUUAUAUUCAGGUUUUGCCUGCUGGAAUGGAGUUAAUUCAUACUUUGAAAAGCUCCAUAUUUCCUUUGAUAAGGAAAAUACUGAACACAUAAUCUGGCAGCACAUCCAGUUUGAAUGACACUCAUGUGUUCUGGUGAUAUAUCAGUGAACACACUGAGUCAUCAGCUGCCUGUAAGAGUAAUGUACUAGGGCUCACAUGGAUCCCAGAAGGCUUUUUUUAAUUUGUUUGUCUUGAUUAUAGAUUUUGGUUGUGCUCAAUGUGCAGACUUCACACCCACUCAGACUUGUACACCAGUAUUUAAGCUAAUCAUUUCACAUGACUACAUACAGUAUAUAUUACACAGGACUAUUCACAGUCAGUGGCAAUUUACAGCUUAAUUAUUUUGUAGGAUUACAGUAUAUAAUGUAUUAAAUGGAACAGAGUGAGUCAUCUCUCUUGUAUUUGUAGAGAAGGAUGUGUCACUUGCUGGUAAUAAAUGGCCGUCUCCCUC